AUGGCUGCAGAACCUAUUUCCAAUGGCCUUCUUGGGUCCAAGAACAAGAAGGUCGCCUACUUCUACGACUCUGAUGUGGGCAACUAUGCGUACGUUUCGGGCCACCCCAUGAAGCCUCAUCGCAUUCGUAUGACACACAGCUUGGUUAUGAACUAUGGUCUCUAUAAGAAGAUGGAGAUCUACCGCGCCAAACCUGCGUCGAAGUAUGAGAUGACCCAAUUUCACACCGAUGAGUACAUUGAUUUCCUCUCCAAAGUUACGCCAGACAACAUGGAUCACUUUUCAAAAGAACAAAGCCGGUACAACGUGGGUGACGAUUGUCCCGUCUUCGACGGUUUGUUUGAGUUCUGCGGAAUCAGUGCUGGAGGCAGUAUGGAAGGUGCUGCGCGUCUGAACCGCAACAAGUGCGAUGUUGCUGUUAACUGGGCUGGUGGUCUGCACCACGCCAAGAAGAGCGAAGCAAGUGGCUUCUGCUACGUCAAUGAUAUUGUUCUCGGAAUCCUCGAACUGCUUCGUUUCAAGCAGCGUGUUCUAUAUGUCGAUAUUGAUGUUCACCACGGUGAUGGUGUCGAAGAGGCGUUCUACACGACUGACCGUGUCAUGACAGUCUCCUUCCACAAGUAUGGCGAGUACUUCCCGGGUACCGGUGAGCUCCGUGACAUCGGUGUCGGCCAGGGCAAGCAUUACGCAGUCAACUUCCCUCUUCGCGAUGGUAUCAAUGACACCUCAUACAAGAGCAUUUUCGAACCUGUCAUCAAGAGUGUUAUGGAAUGGUACCGUCCGGAGGCAGUGGUCCUGCAAUGUGGUGGUGACAGUCUUUCGGGCGAUCGUCUGGGCUGCUUCAAUCUGAGUAUGCGUGGACACGCCAACUGCGUCAACUUCAUCAAGAGCUUUGAUCUACCAACAUUGAUUCUUGGCGGUGGUGGCUACACCAUGCGCAACGUGGCACGAACAUGGGCUUAUGAGACUGGUAUUCUGGUUGGAGAAGGUCUCGAAUCUGAACUUCCUUACAACGACUAUUACGAGUACUUUGCACCUGAUUAUGAGCUUGAUGUCCGGCCCUCUAAUAUGGACAAUGCAAACACCAAAGAAUACCUCGAUAAGAUUCGCAAUCAGGUCGUUGAAAACCUCAAGCGUACGGCAUUUGCUCCUUCAGUUCAGAUGACAGAUGUGCCACGGAACCCGAUCUUGGAUGGCAUGGACGACGAGGCCGAUGACGUUCUGGAUGACCUCGAUGAAGAUGAGAACAAAGACAAGCGCUUUACUCAACGACGCUUUGAUCAAUACACUGAGAAGGCUGGUGAACUGAGCGACAGUGAGGACGAAGAAGAGAACGCCGCCAACGGUGUGCGUCGUCAGCCAGGUGCCAUUCGCUGCCGCAAUCAGGUCAACUACCGUAACCUUGAGCCGGACUCCGGGCUAGACAGUGGCAUGGCUACCCCACAAGACGCCUCAUCUGCAGCCGACGGUGAAAUGGAUUCCACCCUUGACGCACAGAUGGCAGAUGUUCCCCGGACUGAGCCCGAGUCGACUUCUGGCCCUCAAGCCGAAGAUACACCCGCGACUGAUACCGAUCGUAUGGUAUUGGAGACUGAGGAACAAGGAGCUUCGACUACUUCCCAGCUUCAGUCCCCUGCACCUAAUGACGAAGAUACAAUGAUGGAAGAUGCUGCCCCGGGGCCCAUUGACCCAGAGCAGGCACCAGCUGAGGGCGAUAGCAAGAAGACAGAGGACACUGCACCCGCUCAAGGCUCCGCACCUUCUCCUCCCCGAGUUCGAUCUCCUGCAAAGGAGGCUGCUGAGCCUACUAGUGAGAAGUUCGAGGCGCCCUCCGCUGAGACUUCUGCGCCCGCUGCGGACAUUAACGCUAACAAGGAGGAGCAAUCAACAUCUACCGAAGAACUCAAGAAAGAGGUGUAA